UUAAAUAUGCUAAAAAAUUCAUUCCUCCUCUCUUCUCUUCCUCUUCAUUUUCUCUCUUCUUCUUCUUCUUCUAAUGGCUUCCUCACUCGAUCACAAUCAGCUACCAAACAUCCACGCCGGCGCCACUGCCGCUCCCCCGCCUACUCCCUCCUCUCAAACCAACCACCUCUCCACCUCUGCCGCCGCCGACGCUCUCUCCAAGCUCCUCCAUCGCCUACCGCCGAAUCUUUCCCUCCCUACUCGCCGCUCCCCCUCCGUUAUCCCACCGCCGACGAUUUCCUUCUCAGAAUCUCCUAAUCCUGACCUUCUCAACCGCCUUCUCUCCGCCGCCUCCGAACUCGGCUUCUUUCAACUCACCGAUCAUAAAAUCUCCUCUCAUCUCGCGCUCUCAGCUGAGUCGGAAUCCGCCCCUUUGUUCAAUCUUCCUGCUGAGAAGAAGGAGUCUCUGUUUCCAAAGAACUGGCCUCUUGGUUUCAAAGGCGAUGGAGAUGAAGAAUCGGACGGCAGCGGUGAAUCGUUAUGCUUCGAUUCGAGGAACUGUUUAUCCGAUUCGCCCGAAAUUUCUUUUCAUUCUUUGACAGACUUCGUUCUUGAAAUGGAGAGUCUCGGAUUGAAGAUCGUUGAGUUUCUGUUUCGUGCGAUUGGCUUUGAGAAUCCAAUCGGUGAAGAUCGUACUGGAUUCCGGUCGCUAGUAUGGAUAUCAGAAGGUUGUCGGAGCACGGAACCGGCAAUGGCCGGUGGAUUUUAUCCAUACAUUAUUGGACUGCAGUAUCAGAGCAGAAACCAGAAGUGUUCUCUGUUAGGGGAUUCCGGCUGGGUUGCGGCGGCGGCGGCGGCAGAUUCUGUGAUGGUUUCGAUCGGAGAUAUUGCGCAAGUGUGGAGCAACGGAAAACUCAAGAAGAUGAGAGGAAGACCGGUGCCAAUGGCAUCAAGCGUAGCAAAUACAAGCAGCACCAACUCACGAACAAUCUCAUUGUCGCUACUCAUUACUCUACCUGUUGACACUCAAGUCUCUCCUCUUCUUCUGUCAACUAACGAAAACGCAAAUGAGGAACAAUUCGAUAAAAAGGAAAGGGAAGAUGAUGGCGACAGCGGUGAAGGAAAGGAAAAGGCAGUGUUUCAUUCAUUUAACUUCGAAGAGUAUGCAUGGAGAGUGUAUCACGAUCGGUGCUUUUUGCUAAAAGAUCCGCUCAAUAGAUAUCGAAUUUGAAUCAAUCAAUGGGAUGGAUUGAGUUGCCAUUAUUGUUAUUAUUAUUUUUUAUUUAAAGCAGACUUUGGAGUCUAAUGCAUGAAGCAGUGAUGUGUGAGAUUAAUUAAUGUUACGUUAUUUAGUUUAUGUUUAUUUUCCUAAAUCUACAAGUAUGAUUGUACCUUUAAUUUUAGCCUUUAUAUCUUAUUAAUUAACAUAUAAUAUUUUAUGCUGUUAUACAA